CCCAUUCCCACAGUCAACAAUGGAAGGAGCUGCAGUAGAUGAGCAGCUCUCCUACUCUUCCCUCCUCCCCUUACUAACUAAUAUCAUGCUCACACAAAGGAACAUGGCAAAGGUACUCAUCCCUGAGAUACAUGAGGAAUUCCACACCUAGUCACUGGGACCUGACCUUACCAAUGGUCAUUGUUCACAAGAGAAGCACUACAUGCAGAAAAUUGCAAAAAGAGAAGAGAGUUCGCAUUGGAAGACUACCAGUGGUUAAAGAGAAUCCUUUACUUAACUUCCACAACUGAUUCUAUUUUCAUUCUCAGCUGUGCGGGAGAAGCUGGACGUUUUGAUUGAAUAACUUCCCAUCCAACAAUGCCAUGGUUCAUGUGGUGCCAUUCAUGAGAAGUAUAGAAGGAUCACCUCCUGCCUAAGCGUUUAGCCUCUUGUGAAACAAAGUUACGACAUCAUCAUCACUGUCAGUGAGACGUGUGCAGGCACCAAUGUAAUAGGAGCGGCAAUGGGACACAGCCUCGAGGACCACCACUCUACAUGUUUCGGGGGACGUUUCCCUUCGCUGCACCCUAGAGAGGAUAAGGAGUUGUGAGCAGGGGGUGUCUUGGUGAUUCAAAGUUUUGAUUCAGGUUGAAGGUCAAAAGGAAGUCAUGGUGUCCGUGGGGAGAAUCAGAAUUGUUCUCUGCUGCGUAUUGAUGAAUGUCAGUGCAGUGAUAGACUCUGAUGAUGUCAUCACACGAGACGAGCAGAUUUACCUCCUGAUUGGUCCCCGUGCCAAGUGUGAGAGGAUAAUCCAUUCCCAGCUGGCCAUAGUCAAAGAAGAUGACUGUGUACCGGAGUGGGAUGGGAUUAUCUGCUGGCCCAGAGGGAAGCCUAGUCAGCUGGUCUCGGUUCUAUGUCCAGAAUACAUCUACGACUUCAACCACAGAGGUCAGGCCUAUCGUCAGUGUGAUGCCUCAGGGAACUGGGAGCAGGUGCCUAGCAUCAACCGCACCUGGGCCAACUACACUGAGUGUACCACCUACCUAUUGUCUAGCCAUAGAAGCCAGGAAGAGGAGGUGUUUGAGCGGCUACACUUGAUGUACACCAUUGGCUACUCCAUCUCUCUGGUAUCCCUACUGGUGGCUGUCUCGAUUCUCUGCUACUUCAAGCGUCUCCACUGUACACGGAACUACAUCCACAUUCACCUCUUCACCUCCUUUGUGUUUCGGGCCAUCAGUAUCUUUGUGAAGGAUGCUGUCCUCUAUGCCAUGUCUGACGACGGAAAGACUGAAGCAGAGGAAUUGGCAGAGAGACCCCAUAUGGUGGGCUGUAAGGUGGCCGUUACUCUCUUCCUGUAUUUCCUGGCGACCAAUCACUACUGGAUCCUGGUGGAGGGGCUGUACCUGCACAGCCUCAUCUUCAUGGCCUUCCUCUCAGACAAGAACUACCUGUGGGCGCUCACCAUCAUCGGCUGGGGUGUCCCUGCAGUGUUUGUGUCCAUUUGGGUCAGUGCGCGAGCAUCACUGGCAGACACUCAGUGCUGGGACAUCAGUGCGGGAAAUCUGAAGUGGAUCUAUCAAGUCCCAAUUCUUGCAGCCAUUGUAGUGAACUUCUUCCUGUUCCUCAACAUCAUACGAGUGUUGGCCUCUAAGCUGUGGGAGACCAACACAGGCAAACUGGACCCCCGUCAGCAGUACAGGAAGCUGUUGAAAUCCACCCUUGUCCUGAUGCCCUUGUUUGGAGUGCACUAUAUGGUGUUUAUGGCUCUACCCUACACUGAGGUUACGGGCCUGUUGUGGCAGGUGCAGAUGCACUACGAGAUGUUCUUCAACUCUUCCCAGGGAUUCUUUGUGGCAUUCAUCUACUGUUUCUGCAAUGGGGAGGUGCAGGCGGAGGUAAAGAAGGCAUGGCUACGGCGGAGCCUGGCCUUGGACCUCAAACAGAAGACCCGGGUGACCAGCAGUGGGGGCGGGGGCAGCUGCUACUAUGGCGGCAUGAUGUCACACACCACCACCCACAGCGUGAGUCUGACUGUGGCCAAUCCCAGAGGAAUGUCCCUGAAUGGGGCAGGGGCCCCUGGGAUGGGAGGAGCUGGGGGAAGCAAUGGGGGAGGGGGAAGCAGGCAGCCACGCCUCACCUCCUCCUUCCACCCCCUCACCAACCUGCCAGGUUACGUGCCCAGCAACAUGGAGACCCCCAGGCAGAAACUUGUUAUUUGGAGGCCUGGGGUGGGGGCUGGAGCUGAGGCCGGUGUUAGUGCCUUUCCCAGGAACCCCAGGGCUGCUAGCGAGGGGAUCCAAGGGGGUGGUGGUGGAGCCAAGACAGAGCCUGCAGUCUCUGUGCCCCAGCGGUUGGGAGACGAGGACCCCUGCUGCUCUUUGUCUCUAAAGGAACUAGAGACCAUCUUGUGAACUGGAACUGUCAGAUCUAUGGCGUCUAACAGUGAGAGCAGCACUGUAUCAGAUGGCUUUACUUAUCCAGAUUCCUGCCAUGGAUCCAUAUCAAGGCUCCAUUCAAGUGAUCUCCAAUGACCUAUUUGAAUCUCCCCUGAGUCCCUCGUUUGACUGAUGUCUGAAGACUUAGCUACGUACAUUUAGUUGGGGUUAAAGAAUCAUUGUGUGUAAACUGGUCUGAUGACACGAUUAUCAAUAGAACAUUGAUCCAAUGAUCAUGAAGAAAUAACAUGUACUUGUAGCAUGAUUGGUGAUUUAAUGUAUCAGUGGUUGUAAUAAAGAACCCAAUGACUAGUGAGUUGCUGCACCCAUUAUGGAAUGUGGAGUCCUGCAUGCCUUGUAGCAUGAUUGGUGAUUUAAUGUAUCAGUGGUUGUAAUAAAGAACCCAAUGACUAGUGAGUUGUGGCACCCAUUAUGGAAUGUGGAGUCCUGCAUGCCUUGUAGCAUGAUUGGUGAUUUAAUGUAUCAGUGGUUGUAAUAAAGAACCCAAUGACUAGUGAGUUGCUGCACCCAUUAUGGAAUGUGGAGUCCUGCAUGCCUUGUAGCAUGAUUGAUGAUUUAAUGUAUCAGUGGUUGUAAUAAAGAACCCAAUGACUAGUGAGUUGCUGCACCCAUUAUGGAAUGUGGAGUCCUGCAUGCCUUGUAGCAUGAUUGAUGAUUUAAUGUAUCAGUGGUUGUAAUAAAGAACCCAAUGACUAGUGAGUUGCUGCACCCAUUAUGGAAUGUGGAGUCCUGCAUGCCUUUCUACACGUGCCAUAUUUGUUUGACAGACCAUUGUUUUUCCUUUUAUAUUUGCCUGUCUGUCUGCUUGUCUGCUUUCUCUGAUCUCUUCUCUGUCUGCCUAACAAUUCAUGCACUAUUUGUCUAUUGUAGUGAGAUGUAAUGUUUUAUCUGAGAAAAACAUGGAAAUUAAGCUUUUACAGCAAUGAAUAAGCAGCAGUAGGCUGCUUUUGAAGACAUCCUUACCUGGGGCCCAUCGCCCAAUGAGCAAGACUGGUGCAUUUAAAAUCCCAAUACACUUUACCAUAAAACAAUAAUAGAUUAAUAAAAUAACAAAAACACAUGUCUAAAACAGUAAAAUAUCAGCUCAGGAUUUACCUUCUUUACAGAUGUAAAGAAAUUGUUAUUUUGGAUAGUGAUAGCACACUUGCUAUGUACAGUGCAUUCGGAAAGUAUUCAG